UACAAACCCAAAUUUGUUCAAACAACCUUUGAAAGCAACAACAGAAACAACACCAAUGAUGAUACAUCAGAUACAUCAGAUACAUCGGAUACAUAUGACUCGGACCUUGGUUCUUGUACAAAUAGUGAAGAUGAAGACCUUUCGAUGUGUGAAGCAAUCUGGGAAUCAGUCCAUCGAUUCAAAUGGGACGUCUGCUUACCUGACCAGAUGUUUGUGUUUGCCGAAAACGAUAUGGAGACCAUCCUGAAUACAGCGAUCAUUGGCUUCAAGCAACCCAAAUCUCAUCUAGAAAUCUGGGUGCCUGCAAACAUUGUUUUCCUCAGUGCUAGAUAUGCACAUUAUGUAUCGACUGCAGAAUUGCUAAAGACCUUUCUCAGAGCAUCCGUAGCCAAAAUAGCCAUGGUUGUAAAGGUAAGAAAGAUAGAUAUCCACAUGCUGGUGUUUUGGAUUUCCAAUCUAUCACAGCUACUAUUUUAUCUCAAAAAGGAUUUUGGAUUGGUGGUUGCGACUGCAGAACACCAACUUGCCAUUGCCGAGCUGAUUUCCGAAACCUACACACUCUUGGUCAAAGACUCUGAGCAGCGACUGGACAAGAUCCUAGAGCCUGCAAUGUUGGAGUACGAGCAGAUAACCGGGCUUGAGCCGGUUGAUUUUGCAGAUGACUGGUCUCGCUACUUCCGCAGAUCACGCACACGCAAGCCUACUACAAAUAACCUACUACAGACACAACAAUAUCUGCCUCAUACAUUGACCCCAAAUUCAAUCACAUCCAUGCUCACAUCCAUCUUGCAUGUAUUUCGAUCAUACGAAGUCCAUCCGCUCAUCACUGCCCAGGCAACCGCCCAGUUUUUCCAUUUCUUUGCAUGUGAGAUGUUCAACCGGAUCCUGAUGAACAAGAAAUAUGUCUGCCGGUCCAAGGCUCUCCAGAUCCGAAUGAAUCUGUCGGUUGUGGAGGAGUGGGUGCACGACAACGGGUUCCAUGGCGCGGUCGGUCCGUUCUUUGGGCCACUGAUCCAGCUGCUCCAGCUUUUGCAGUGUGUAUCUCAGCUGGAUGACCUUGAGCUGUUUGUCAAGACUACAAAGGCCUUUGACCUUCUGAAUCCGCUCCAAAUCAAAAGGUGUGUGCUGCAGUACCGCUAUGAAGUAUCCGAGACACGUUUACCGGACGAGAUUGAAAAGUACGCUAUGCAGAUUGCGCAAGAUACGGUGCGAUCUGUUUAUCAAAAGUCA